AUGAGCGACGCGAAGGAGCUUGGUGAAGCAAUCGACGAGACGGUUCGAAUUUUGGGGAAUGAUGCUAAUGGUCCUCAAAUCGCGGCUGACAACAACGACGCAGCGGCCCGUGGGGCCCGACUAACACUGGAAGAUGUUCAGAAACGGUCUCCAGAUAAACCACAGAGUAUGCAGGGACCUGAUGGGAAGAUGGGGAAGGGAUUACACAUGAUCCGGACGGGGCUGCUUGAUAACGCUGUGAGGGUGGCGCUGCAGGAGACCGUGGAUGUACAAUAUACAUUGUUGCUCUUAAUUUUCUGACCAAGAAGUAUAGCUGAGGACUUACUCUCUCCCAUGUGGCUUGAUCUGAUGGUUUAGAAAAUUUAGAAUAUUUAGAUUCAACAUGAAACGCGUCACACUGAUAAUAGAGGGGCACCCCUUUCAAAUCUUACAAACUGACUCCAUAUCGACGUCGUAACAGUAAUUCACUUUGAAACUUUCAUCCCUUGUUCAACACUCUCGCAGAUGGCGGAUAUGACGCUUGUUCUUACUUCACCGGGCAGAAAAGCGAUCGCUAUUCACGUUGCCUCCGGUUGGCCUCUGCGACCAAUUCUUACUUCUUUCCCGACAACAGGCUCUCAGAUGUUAGUUCAAAUUCAUGGACGGACCCAAAAGGUGACCACGACGUACAACGAGAGCUGGAACCAGGUGCUCCUACUGUGAUUUUUAGAUUUUAGAUCUGUGCUGAGAUGGUUCCAUGAUGUUUCACUGUGAUACUGCCCUACAUGUCAACGCUAUCGCUCAUUUUCAUUCUUUGUUGCCCUUAUGGCUUUUCUACAUCUUUUCCACCUUUCCCACAUACAGAUAGUGAAGAUCAUGGGGACGAUCACGGAGCUGAGUGAUGGAGGAUGUUGGCGGCUAUUCUUCGACCGAGUUAUGUCGUGUGGCAAUAAUACAGCAGCAGAAGGAGACAUCGAUCGUCUCUGGGAGGAGUACAUCAUGGACCGCCCCUUUCCGAAGGGCAUGCUGCUGGGAGAUUCCGUUGCAGGACAUACCCCCGAGCGAGGGCCGCUUGGAUACACGAAUACUCGCCGGAGUGAGGGCUGGGAGGGUUCGAAGAGAGACGCAGGCGCCGACAAGCGUGGAAGAGGCAGGACGCGAGAUCUUAAGAUAAUUACUAUCUCAGUUUAGAUUCUUUUGAUUUCAGUGAUGACGGCCAAGACUUUCACUCACUGUGAUUUCACUUGGUAUUCCUCUAAUACAAGCCGUCGCAGCGAUGACAGGAAUUCUGGAAGGAGCAGCUCGUCGGGAGGCGACAGUAGUGGGGAUGAGGCGAAGCGUUUUCUAUCUGAGAGGUAUGACCGUUUCAAGCAGAAGCAUGCCGAGAAGCGUGAGUCUCAGCCGCAGUUCAAGGCGGCAAGCAAGUCGUCAUCUUCUAGCAGUGCGCAGAAAGGCAGGCAUGAUAGAGCAGCAAAAGCAUCUGGUGCGAACUCUCGGGGAAAUUCAAGUAGGAAGGCGUCUACUCGAGGCAGGUCAAGCGGCGACAAGCAGUCUGGUAAUAAUGGCACCAAGCGACCACAGGAAAACGACGGCAACAAACGUCCCAAAGGAGAUAAGAACGAUGGCAAGAGCAGGCAGCGCUCCCGGACAGCCGAUGGAAAGAGAGGUGCUUCUUGUUGACUUUUCUGACUUUGUAUUUUGUUGUAGAUGAACUAAAGACAAUCUUCCUUUAGACUUUUUCACUAAGGACAUGGUGGCUAAGUUCACCCAUCGCAACUCUACCAGGUGCUGGAAGAUCGAGAUCGAGAAACCGCAGCAGGAAAACGGACGGAACGCGCAACUCUGACAAGGGAGCGUCGCGGAAUGAGCGCGAGAGCCGAAAGCAAAAGAAGUCAACGGAGAAGCCUAGUACGACCAACCCCACCAACACGGCGCACGACAAGAGAAGCAAGCCGAGCCGUACUUUGGAUAUUGGAUGCUCUUGAAGAACUAGUAGUGUUCAUCUUCUAUCAAAAAUCUACAGCUCCUGUCUCCCAUACUCGCACCCCGCAACUUUCUUUCAGUUUUCACUCUAUCGAAAAACUUAUAACCAGGUGACGAUCGCAAGCGUGGCUCCGAUGGAACUCGACGAAGAUCUGCAGGUUCGCCUGGCGGCAAGCGCGAGCACAAGACUACCGACAAGACCAAGCAGAAGCGGACUGCAUCAUCUAAAGAUGAUCCGCGGCAGGAGCACGCAGACAAGAAUCCGAAGCGGUCUCGGAGGGAGAAAGCUAGUUCUCGCGGUCGUGACAAAGCGACCCGUAAUGCAUCUGGAGCUCAAGCACCAGGCCAAGGCUCCAAGUCCAAGAAGGCCAACAACACUGAGAAGCAGAGUGGAGCUCCAGCAAGUCGUUCUGCUUCGGCCUCAGCAAGAAAGGGCCAUGAUGCUAAUCCAGAUAAGCCGCGGAGAACCCGCUCCAAAGGUGACGCGAAGUCUCGUGCUGACCAUGCUCGUGAUGACACCGCUGAAAAGGAGCAUGAUGGCCGCAGUCGAUCUAAAGGCACUUACUUUCUCUAGUUUGGGUCCCGUCAAUAGCAGGAUUCUCAUACACACUUCACAUCGAUGUUUGCAGUUUCAAUCUCGACGAAGUGCAUGAUUUAGAUUUCUCUGAGAAGUUUCUGGAUUAGACAUAAGCUGGCUCUUUUUUCUACCUGUAUCAUAUCAAUCAUCUUAUCUACAGGUCACAGCAAGGAGGCACGAGACGGAGGCUCCAAGCAUAAGACUACCGACAAGACCCGCGGGAAAGACAAGGGCGUGCAGGAGGUGUCCGAGGACGAUCUGUCUCAGAGUGAUUCCAGCGACCGGUCUGAGUCGACCGGCAGUCUAGGAGAUGAUCCACAAGCAGAUCCGAACUUCGGAGACGAUCAGUCUACAUAUCGUGAUGAGGAUGGUCUCAGUUCUCGCUCACAGUCCGGCGACGAUGAUGCACAUGAUGAUGGAGAUGGUGACUCACGUUCGAACUCAUCUCAAACUCGUUCCUCCGAUAGCGAGAAUGAUGACGACGUCUCGACGAGUGACUCUGAGGAGUUCAGUCGCGAGUGCGGUCGCGACUCCCGCUCGCGUGGCGAAGGCCGUGAUGAAGCGGGCAGUUGA